GUUGACCGAGGUCACGCGCACGAAUAGAACCGAUGGUGCGCUGUUAAAUGAAUGAGGUCCAGUGUUAAGGACAAUGGAUAUCUUAAACAAAGCUUGAGCUCGAAAAUAAGAGGAAUCACUAAGUUUCGUCGCCAUGAGACAAUCACCCACGAACGAGAAGGGAGCUAUCACGGACGUGAAAGUUGUUGAUGUCGAGAAACGCAAGACCAAGGAUUCAGGCUCUGCAAAGAAUUAUGUGCGUAAGAUUUCACGUGUUAUUUUUGUUUGUUUACCGGCAGUUUACCGGCCAUGUUUUAUAGUAUAUUCUUAAUAAUUUGAAAAUAAUUCCAGGAGCAAAAUUUGAUACUUUUGUCUCUAUUUUACGCCUAUAAUUCUAGGAAUACGAACUGAAAGUUACGUGGUCGGACGAAAACCAAUAUAACAUAUUCCGGCGAUACAGUAUGUUCUUUGAUUUACAGGUGAGAGAGCGUAAUUCAAUAACAUAAUCUAGAUUUCACUCCUAUAGAACACCACAUUGCGGCCUUUAUUUCCUCGUUUUAUUCCUGGGGUUUUUGUUGACACAAGAAAUAAUAACAAUUAGCAAAGUGCACAGCAAACUAUUCAAAUGACUCGCUAGGCGUCGAUGCUUGAAAUGGAAUGAAGGCGUGAUAUUGGGCCUAGUAGGUGUAAAAUCAUCGAUUGGAAAAUGAUAAGAAUCGUGCUAAUUACGACGUACAACCCUAAAACAUAUAUGGUAAACCCGUUUGGUGUAAAAAAAAGUGUUAAUCCUUUGCAAAAUAACAAAUCGUUAACGUUGUACGGAUACAAGUUCAAUUGAAAUGUCAAUUGUUUUCAAGCUAAUCCUUACAUGGCAUCAAAAGCUUUAUAGUCUAAUCUGCAAGAGAAUUGCUUUUUUAGUUUUCCAUUUAGACCUUACCCUCGACACCCCGAGUACACCAUUGUUCUACAGUUUAAAGACAUAACAAUUAAGCUUAAUUUUACAUGUUCGACAGCUCUCCAUCGAUUCUUCGUGAAAAGGUUAAUUGCUUUUGUAGAAAGUUGAAUAUAUCAGUUUAAAACAAAGGUAAAAAACGUCGAAAGGGGUGUUUUUAUCUCGAUUGGUUAUGUCAAAUUCCUUCUAUUGAUAAUUCAGUUAUCAAGUGAUGCAAAGUAAACAAAUCGGUCUUAACAUAAUUCGAUUUUUAUUCCAGGUAAUUUCAUAUUAAGCGAUAAUAUAACAUAAUUAUCUUCCUAUGCUAUGUCUUAAAAACAGUUUCAGAUUAAUUUUCAAGUGUUUGAAAACAAGUCUGAAGGUCGGAGGGGACAAACUCUUCCACGACUUCUUACAUAGUGAAAACUGCCGCCGUUUCUCUGAAAACUUGUCAACCGGCAAAAAUAAUGCCGUCUUUUGUCAUAACGGAAUUUAUAGCGCAGUAUAUAAGGCCUUAUUAUUACUCUCAGAAAAUAAUUUAUAAGAAGGAGAAAAUAAUGAGGAAAAUAAAUCUGCCGUAUUUGUUUUGCAAUACCUACUUGUUUUAAAACAAACAUAUGAUAUAUAAAAUAAAGCAAAUGUAUUUAAAUUAAGGUGCUUGAUCUUCAUGGCUGAAAUUCUUUCCCUGGUGCUCAAAAGGAAUUUAAAUCUUAGUGAAUUAUAUAUUAUGCACCUUUCAAGGCAUUUUCCCUGGGGAUGCCCCUGGGGAGCCCCCCCAAACUCCUCCAAGGAAAAUAGGUCCUUGUGCAGCCUUCAGUCACAUGAUCUGCUUAAUGCAAAAAAAUUGUGGGUUGCAACUUAAAAUNAAAAACAAACAUUUUAGUGGUUUGAAAAUGUUCUAAAAUUAAAAGUUUUGUUGUGGAAAAAAAUUUGUGGCUUUCAAAUUUUUUUACCUCUUUUCCUGAAACUUUUUCUCUUUUUUUUUUUAAGACUUCCCCCUUCCCCCUUCCCCCCCCCCCCCCCUUCUGCAGACACCUGGAUCCUGUCAGAAUCUGGAAGUAGGUGCAGAGUUCUAAUCCCACUCUUUUUAGACUGGUUUAUCACAAAUUAAGCUAUUCAGAUAUCCCUGAUUUUCAAGGUGCCGUAUGAAAAGAUCACCAAAUUAUUAAGAAAUUCAAGUUCAAGUUCAUUUUAUUACACUUAUUCAAAAGUACACUGAAUGCAGUAGUACAAAAAAUUAGGGCUAGCUUACCAUGUUACAUUGAGACGUAUUGCAUUGGAAAAGUGCAGAGUGGUCAAAGGAGCAAUUGAAUAAAUAAAUAAUUAGUAGAGCAAAAAAAAAAUUAAACUGUAAAUGUUUUUUUGAAGGUGCGGUGACAGUUGACAGUGCUAAGAGCUGAUAACUGACAAAACAAAUCAACAGAAAUGCAAUCCGAAAUACUGCUGAAAAGUUAUUGCGUUGCAAGAAAUGCCAUUUGGUUGUGUUAUGUUGCAUUUUCAAGCAAUGUAAAUAUUUUGAGGGAUGUCUGUAUUCACCUACGUGUAAUUUCCUUUUGUUUCCAGGCUGGCUUGAAAAAUCUAUUUCAGGAAAGGCAAAACAGUGGUCUUACAAUUCCAGAACUACCUGGUAAGAAGAUUACACAAAUUUGAACUCAUAUAUUAUAUGAUACAGUUAUGGAGGAUGACGAAAAGACAAAAAAGAGCAGGAGUCCUCAUUUGUCUUUAAUAACAUAAAUGCAUGAGUCCAACAGCCUUUACAAGAUGGCUUAUGAGAUUUGUUUGCCUGUAAAUUUAAUAUUACAUGCUGGUGUUUUAAUUCCAUUCCAUUAGUUUUUGUAUCUAUUUAUUAAAGUUGUCCUAAGAUUUAUGGGGUGGAUCAGUUGAAUCACAAAGGAUGGCGUCAUGUUGGGAUGCAGGACUAUUACAGCAGUAAAGUAGUUUUUUAGCACGAGAGAUUUUGUAAUGUCAUGUGUUUUGUACCUAUAGGAUAUAGUAAUUUUAUGGCAGACAGGAAUACCACAACUGCUAUACUAGCUAAGUUUAACAGUUGGGUACAAUUCUAGUUUAGCCACAUUUGCUUUUAUUGCACUAGCAAAUCAUUUUGACACUAAAGCAGAAUUAUUGUUUGGGUCGAACCCUUAUAAGUAUUGGUCUGAUGCAUGAGUUGCCAGAACAAAAUUAUUUGUUGUAUAAUUUCCAUUAUAUAUAAUAUGUAUUUUACCACAAUAUAAUAAAUGCUGUCUACAAACCAUCAAAAACACCAGAUCAAUGAUAAUUUAUUUUGAUUCUAUAUUGUAUAUAAUACAUUAAGCACCACAUGUAAAGUUAAUAUCCAUGUGCAUUCAGAGUCUCUUUCAAUGCUAGCUGCCAGUUUAACAUGUCAAACAUGCAGGUUUAUCAGUAAUUUUGUCUUUUCACACUGAACAGUUACUCGAUUUGCUGGUGGGAUGUUGUUUGGAGCAUUUUCAAAGAAACAGUGUAAAAAUGUUGAAGAAUUUUGCCAGGUAACUAUGAAAAAUUAAGAAAAUUAAUUGAAAUUUCAAUAAUAUAUUCAUAGCAUUGUAAUCAGCAAUUAUCAUGUAACUUUAUUUGUCUUAUUAAUCUUUUGCCAAGAUCAUGCAGUACCAUAUCCACUUUGUUCCUUUGAGGCAAUGUUAGCAGUGUGGUAAGCGUCCUUCUGGUCACUGUGGGGCCAUGCUAUUUCACAGAGCCUCCAAAAACUAAAUUAAUAUAUACAGUUGUGAGCCUCCUUUAUGUGGCAAGCACCCUUGGUGUAACAACAAGUUUUCACUUAAUGAAGGGUGGCAGUCCAAUAAUCUUUAGCAGAAACAUUGGACUUAAUUAUCACAAAACAACAAACAUCAAGUGGAAGCGGUAUCAUGACUAGCACACAAUCAGGACUGUAGCAUCCAUAUCUGCACAUAUAUGCCGGUGUAUAUACAGCCGAAAUCUGGGAAAAUUAUAUAUUUUUUUCUGUUUUGAAAGCAUUUUUAGUUUUAAAUUGGGAUGACUGAUAAAUCUUUUGGAUAAAAUUAGUCUGUGUUAGUAUUUCCUUUAUCCAUUAUUAUUCUAUCAGCUGACUGCAAAAAACAUUAUAGUGGGGUGACUGAUGAGAGAUUGAACUCUCUUGCAAUUCUGCACAUACAUGACUAGCAUAAGGACGUUGAUGUUUAAUAGUUUGCCCAUUUGAACGGAAGAAGUCUUUCCCUUUGCUUGUAACCUCUUUGAUAGCAUCACUAAAUUUUAGAAUAUCUUUUUUUCUACAAACAUUAAUGUACCUAAUGCUGAUAACACGAGUGAUAGGUAAUUUAAUGAAAACGUUCCCUGGAAAAAAUAAGAAAUGGCAUUUCCAAGAGCCUAAAUUUAAAAAAUUUCUACCGGAAUAUGUCCCCGUGCCUUCCGUACUCUAACACUCUUCCUGCAUGUGUGACCUUCAAAAGCUCACACCACGCCCCUGACAAUCAUGCGUCACCUUCUACCUCGGAUUGUAUUUUGCUUCAUAAUAUUUUUAAUAUGAAGUGAAACUAAGUGUAUCAAGUAUUUGAUGGUGGCUUAACAAAGGUGACAUAAAAAACACCUCUUGUUGGGAUGUGGCCAAAAGGUGACCGUGGCCACUUGAUGAGGUGGCUGCUUAAUAGAGUUGAGAAGUCAUUAUGUCACAUUGCCACAGUAGCAAAAUUUCUGGGUCACAACAAACCGAAAGCAUCACUCAAUAAGAAAUGUACAAAAAGCUUGCUGCACGUGUGAAGUUGUUGUUUUGCUAACAUAAACUUAUUGCUUUUUUGCGGUUCUCUUUGCCAUGCAUUGCCACCAUCAUUGCUUAAGGUCACCAUUGUUGUGAUCCAGAUUUUGCUACCAUGGUAAUGUGAUGUCACACUUCCCUCUAUAGAAGUGUCAUUUCCAAUUUUUUGCAUCCUGACAAGUUCUUUUAAUUCAAUUUUUUUUUUUUCCAGAGAGUUAUCCAUUUGCCCUAUGUUGUGUCCCAGUCUGAUAUUGUCUUGGCUUUCUUCAGUCGAUGGGGAACAGACCAUGCUGGCAUGUUAAGGAAUGACAUUGAAAGAAAGUAAGACUAUUUUUAUGGCAGUUUUUCAUCCAUGAAGUGUUUUUUUAACUUGCCCGUACCUCUCUUAACCAUUAGAAAUGUAAAAUAAGCACUCAUGCAUGCAGUUCUAAAUGUCAAGGAGCAUGUCAACAAUGAAGGGGGCCAGAUACCUUUGUUAUAUGCUUUUGUGGACUUUACGGUGCACAAUGUUCAAUAUCUUUCCCACCAGUGAGCUUCCAACAUAAACUGCAGCACCACAGUUUAUAUCUUUGAUGUUUUCCACCUUUCAUAAUCAAUAGGCCAUUUUAGAGUUGUUCCAAGCCUUUGUUUCAAAGCGAGGCUAAGUGCAAAAGCUAUAGAUAUAAAAAGGUUCUUUUAUUCCCCUGCAAACCUGGGGGUUGUUACUCCCUCUAAUGGCCUAUACAGGGAGGCGCCGCCCAAAAGUCGUCCCUUUUUCAGGCUUCAGGUAUGAGAAAAGGUAGGGAUUUCACUCGUUGAAGGAUAUGAAAGGGUAGGAAAAACUGUCUUUUUGGUCUGUAAAGAGGCCCAAAAGGACUAACAAAUGCAAUCUGUGGCUGUGAAAAAGUCGAGAUAAUAUUCUGGUUUGGGGAUUUAUUUAUAUUUUGAAGACAGUACAUGAACAGCAUUUAAAGGGAUGCAAAGGUCUGAUCUAGGUAUGUGAAAAGGUUACUGUUUGUCUAUAGAAGGUAUACAGAAGAGUUACCUUCUCUGUCAAAAAUGGCAUAUAAAGGGUCUAAUUAUUGGUUGGACCUCUGGGCAGAGCCUCUCCAUAUAAAACGUUGUUGAGAAUGCCCCGGUGGGUGGGGAGGGGGGGGAUGGGGUUGCAAAUAAAACUUAUUUGUACAAGAAUGUUUUUUCACUUAGCCUCGUUUUGAGAAUGAGAGUUUUUUGGAACUCGGAAAUGGCCUAUUGGGGCGCGAUCCAUUCAACCAAAGUUUCCGGAAAUUUCGGUCCAAAACUCAAUGGAUCGGUUCGGUCCAACCGGAAAAGUUUCGAAAAAACAGGUCCACCUUUUUAGGUGGUCCUCUUUUCCCGGUCGGACCGGUCUGAAUGUUGGUUGAAUGGAUCGCGCCCUUGGUAAGUCGUGGAUCACGCUGCUUCUGUUAGAAUACAGAUGAAUUUUUAGGCACCGUUCAUAAAACAAGAAAUGUUAGCUAAAUUAAUUCAUGUUUUUUUAUUUUUUAGCAAGCCACAAACUUCUCCCACGAGAAAUGAUGAACAAGUUGUGGAAAAAUAUUAUUCAGUGGCAGAAUUUAGUGGCAGCGGCAGGGGAGAAAUGAGCUUAAAAGAAAACGAGGUGGUGACAGUCAUUGAAAAAAAUAGCACAGGUUUGAAACAUGCUGGACUUAAUUAUUUUGUAGAAGGAAUAAAUCUGUUGAAACAUAAAAUUCAUUGUCCUUCUAGCAGUGAUGACUACUGUGCGAUGCAAGGAAUCAGCUUUAGGGGAACAUUUAAUUCCAAGCUUAAGAAUACAACAACUUUUUUUUCAAUUUUUUCCAACCCAUUUGUUUGUCAUUAUUAUUUGACGGCUCAAUCCGUCAUCAACCCACGUAAUGGUGAUGUCACACGAGACGAUUUUCAACGACGAUUUUUGGCGCAACACAGGGUUCAAAUGUUGGAACAAUGUUGCAGCCUUUCGAAACGAUGUCGCAACAAUGUUGUAACGCUCUGUUACGCUAAAAAUCGUCGUUGCAAAUCGUUUCGUGUAACAUAACCUUGAGGAUCCUUUAGGCGGGUAAUCCAAGACAGUCUCGGAUUCCGGAUGCCGUUGUCAGUGGAACUAGGAUUCCGGAUUCCAAUGGUUAGCAGAAUUAUGGAUUCCUUGAGGUGGAUACCUGACUCCAAAUCCAAGGAUUCCGAUUCCACAAGAAAAAUUUCCCGGAUUCGGAGUCCGGAUUACCUCACCUUGGGCGGCGGUGAAGAGCCAUAACGUAACUUGACAGCACCGGCAGCUUAGGCCUGUUUCAAACGUCGUGCUACUACUGUUACUAGGGAGCUUACGAAUUGACGACUUUCGCACGACGACGCCGUUGGACUGCGUGAUAGGCUUACUGCGCAUGCUUAUCUGGGCACUUGCCGGCCUCGCGCCAAAGUCGACGCCGUUGUUGACAGCGAUUCGCCGGCGUCCUAGAAAAAGCAGGACGUGAGACUAAUUUUCAAAGUUUCCCCUACAUACUCCAGCGGAUUUUUCCAGAUAAUUCAAGUAUCACAUUAGGGACAUGUUCUUUAGAUAUGUUUUCGAUUUGUUUGUCUGUUUUCGUUGGAGUAACGACCCGAAGAAUCAACACCAUAGCUUGCUGUAGACAAACAUAAAUUAACACCGAGUGAAACCAUAUUGGCAAAAUGGUACCAAAGCUACAACUAGACCAUUGCAAGUGGUUAUCUCAUCAAAGUAACUACGUACAGCUGUUCAGCAAGUUUGUAAAUGCCCUCGCUGUAUGUAAACGCGCCUUGCAUUCGUCCUUUGUUGUCUUGUCUAAAUCCGUAGUUAACUCUGAGUUUGUUGACGAAACCCAUAAAAUUACAAAUACAGUGAAAUACUCGGUCCUUUAUAAAUCUGUUUCCAAAGGCGUCUGCAAACGAGCUCUCGUUUCUCUUAUGAAUUUAGACAUUUUUGUUGAACAAAUAAGCUUACUUGUGAAUAGAAGAAAGCAAACUUCAGAAACGGCGGGAAAAUUUGCCUCCCGCGCGCACCAACGUCGUCGUCUUCUACGAAUCGUAAAUUCAAAUUUCUACAGGACGGCAACGUAGAACUAUGACGUGACCCAGCGGCGGCGUCGCGCGAAAGUCGUCGAUUCGUAAGCUCCCUACUAAGCUGGCUCGACUGUAGCUCGGCUGCAGCACGACACUAGCACGACUUGGUUUCAGACGUCGAAUUUAAUUCAGUCGAAUAGAACGGCUGUUGCCGAAAACAAAACACAAAAUUAAAGAAACGGUUUCUACUGCCGUGUAGCACGGCAAAGCUUGCCGUGCUACACGCAAGUAGCCCGACUUGGUUUCAAGCGUCGCGCUACUGCCAUGCUAAAGUCGAAUUCAGUUCGAUCAAUUUAGUUCGGCACGGCAAUAGCACGACGUUUGAAACGGGCCUUAGAUAGCCUGAUGCACUUGGGAUUCAGUGCAAACCUGCCGUAACCUGGUUGACAACUCCAUCCUCACCGCUGUCACCUACUAAAAUAUUCUUGAACAUUAAUUGAUAUUUCAAACCCCGCCACCUGCCAAAUAUUAUGAAAACCGUAAAAUAUAAUACCUAAUUCAAUAAAGGUUGCUUUGACAAUUGGUCAUUGGUGAUCGGGUAUUUGGUCAUACAGAACAAUGUAAUGAUUUGCUUGAGUGACCACCACGGUUUGUGCAAUUAAUAAUGCCCGAAGCAACCUUAAUUGAAUCAGCUGUAUGUCUUUUUAGUUGUUUCUUCCCUCAUCUGUGAAAGCUUGCUGUUUUGGAAAUCCUUUUUUUAGGCCCCGUUCACACGUAUCCGGAUAUUUGAAUUUGAAUCCGCAACUUUUUCUUUCCAGAUUAAAAAUUUCCACGUCCACACGUAUCCGUAUUAAAAUCGAAUUUUCCCGACUCCUCUGGGAAAAGAGCGUGCAUCGCAAAGCGCGCGAAAUUUACAUUUUGCUCUGCUUUGAGAGAACCUGGGAAGGAGGUUGUCAUCUUGAAUAAGGUAUUCACGGUAAAGAAUUGGGCUCAAUCUUGUUACGUCAACGGAUAAAGAAAAAACCGGAUUUAGCGUCCAUCUGAUUCCGGAUUCAUAGCGUAUUCAAAAAUGUCCACUCUGAAACGCAGAUUCAAAAAGUUGCGGAUUCGCAUGCCGGAUUCACCGGAUACGUGUGGCACGGAAGCCCAUUCCGGAAAGAAAAAGUUGCGGAUUCAAAAAUAUCCUGAUAUGUGUGGACGGAGCUUUAAUCUCUGAUCGCCCUCUGAUUUAGGAUGGUGGCUUGUGGCAAAUUCCAGGGGUGAUCAUGGCUUUGCUCCAGCAACCUUUCUUGAACCAAUGGAUACUUAUCACCGUUUGGAAGAGGAGGAAUGGAGAGAAGUUGAAGAAGAUGAUCGUAAGUAGUAAAGUGCUCUUAGAUGUCGAUAACAUGUCUUGAUUUUUUUUUCUUUUUCUCGCUUAGAGACCCUUUCUUAUGCAUGGCUUUUUUACAAAGUAUUAUCAAGAGUAUAUCCUUACCACAUUAAAUGAUUUCUUUGCUUGACUAUACAGCGGGAGGUCGCGUAUUCGAUUUCGGGGACGGGACCAAUACUCAGGGUCUAAAAUUAUCCGAGAAAUUAAGGUACUGCGUUGCCCUGCAAACGACUAGAUCUUCGUGUGGCUCGGAUGAGCAUGUAAAAUGUGCUAAAUACAUUGACACUCAAAUAAAGUGCAUUUGGUGACGCACAAAUGAACGACAUAAGGAAUGAACAAAAGGCCGUAGGACAAACUUUCACCUGACCGUGGUAUCCAGUCUUUCCCUCUUUACUGCUCAUCGAAAGUUUAACAGCCCUGUAUAAUUUUUUUUCUUUCUCUUAUCAGGAUACUGGGUAGCUCUUGAGUCGUACAAUGCAAAGAGUGAAGAUGAGUUGUCAUACAGAGGUGGCGAAGAAGUGGAAGUUCUCGCCACCAGUAACUUUGGCUGGUGGAAAAUAAGGUAUCAUUUCGGCGAAGCCUUCACUCUCUUUUAUCAUAUGUAUACUCCAGAUAUACUCAAUGAAAAGCUGUGUCGUAAAUUUUCAUAUAUAAAUGAGUUCUAGCCAAUCAGAGGAGCGAACGAUGUUUUUCACACGUGAGAAGAAUGACACAUCCAGUAGAAUUGCGAACGGUAUUUUUUCACAUGUGAGAAAAUGAUACGUUAAGCAAAAACCACAGAAAUUUGAGAGUUUCGCGUCAAGAAGGACGUGAAGGACUGUUUUCAAAUGCUCCUGUCAGGACUGCAUAUUCCCAAGAGUAUCAUUUUGAAAACAAUAACUUACGCAAAAUUCAGGAGGCGGGGGGGAGGGGAAAACAGAGAGUAUUAUUUGGGAUUCGAAAAUAGUCAAUAGGAGUUCAGUCUGGUAUCACUAUUAAAACUUUAAUUGAUAAUCAGAUUGAGAGGAGAAGUUGGUCUCACACCGGGAUCUAACCUGACUCCGAAGCCAAGGCUGGACGAUUUUACUGAUUCGUUAAUGACAGAAGAACAAAGACAAAGGGUGAGUGACAUGCAUACGGAUAUUGUUGAAAACAGUUCCCCUAACAUUAACAGCAUCGAAGGAAAGAGGAUUUGGAACUCCUCCACAACCAGGGAGCUGUACAUCAAAAUAACACAACGGCACCACAGAAAAAAAGAGAAAACGAAUGAAAGCACUUUUUGGUUCGGUGAAAACAAAAAAGUGACCUGAUCCAGUCAAUUGUUUAGUGCUUGACAUUCAAAAGUUAACGUUUCGAAAGCCUCGUCUGAUUCCAAAACGUCGCAGGGAGCAAGGUAGCCAUCUCAGACAGUCUGAAAUUCAGGCUACGUUACGUUACAUUGGGAGUUAUUUAAAAACGCAUAUACCUGGUAAAAUCAUAUAUCGGUCUGGCAAGGUUUUCUCGUCCCUGUUCUUGAACGUAAGGCGGAUAGCCAGUCCUUAAGACCCACAAAGCUGCUGCCAUUUAAGCAACAACAUUACGUAAAGACAAAGAUCUUGUAGUUUUCUUCGCGUGUCAAAAAAAUCGGCUUGGACAAAACCGAUAUCAAUAUCGCUGAUAAAGUGGCGUAAAGGAAGCUGAACAAGUCCCUGCUAUCAAAAGGCGAAGUUGUUUUCACUAAGCAUAAUUACAGCAAAUUUCAUGAUCGUUUCAUACUUGGCAUGCAGUUAUAUAUUUUUCAUUUCUCAGCCUUUAUAUGUUAUAAGGCUCAUAUCUACAACUCGUAGAACUGGCUAUGUUUAAUUUUAUUCGUUCUUUCAGUACUUGCCUAUUUUUUGUCCAAGCCGAACAAAAAAAAUCUAGAACUACAAGGUGAUAUCAGCUUGUUGUUGCACAGGUUGACAGCUACUCUUCAAAUAAUUUCCGACGCUUUCUACAUUCCACAUUGGAACAGGAAAACUGGCUACAGCUUCUACUUCAAGAGCAGGGACCGGUUCAGCUUGCUGAGCCGGUUUUUCCAACCGACCGGUUACAAAAUCGGUCGCAGCCUGACCGACUAGACCUAUCAAUGGUAAGCACUCGACUAGAUUCGGUAGUCAGAUCAUUUUGGAGGUGUUAUCUAGAUCCGCUAAACGUAAAAUGAAGUAAAAUGUGAAGUCAGGUACAGUAUGCUAAAAGGAAAUACUAAUUAAGUUAGAUGUAUAAGUGAUUCCGACUCCGAGUUGGUAGGCCAUUAGAAGUCUCAUUUUUUUACAGCGAAAGCAGAGCGAACGCUGCAUGAAAGAAAACUAAAAAAUCUCGCGCCAAGUCUUUUUUCGAGCGCGCAGUUUUUCUCACGCGGCAGGCGUUGUUCGUUCGCUCACUUUCCUUACUCCUCGUCCUUGACAAAGAGGAUAGUUAAACUGAUUUGGUCUAAAAGACGCAAAUCAGUCGUAGUUGUCUCGAUGUUGUUGUUGUUUUUUAACGAUUUUAGGUUUCUACCUAACUGACUCUUUCUAAUAGCAUCUCAUGACUUUUCUCUUUUAAGGGUUCUUCGUAUUCCAGUAUCAGCCAUGGAAUAUACGCAAGUAUUCGGUCUCCUCCUCCAAGAAGGUUUGGAAUUAACUAUACUUAUUUUAUUGUUUUGGUCGGUGACUACUGCUUCUGAUGGUAACUUCACAGAGCAGAAACUCAACCCAGGGACUAAAGACGACAUCAUGGAAUGUCGUUCCUAGAUUAACAUAACUUGCAAAUAAACUCUCCACUUUAGAAUCACAAGAGAGGGAGAGAGACGAAAAGAAAAAUAAUCAAAAGCAAUCUUUCUUGAUACGUACACAAAAGGGACAGUCAGGUGUUCGUCAUGUAGAGGCGUCUUUGUUUAUCUUUGCUAAUGAUAGUUGUAGUUCUUCCAAAAGUUUCGUACCCAUCGCGUAAAACCGAAAAAGCUAUAACAAAAAGUUCGUCAUAGUUUAAUGUGCCUUUUUUUAUUAACGGAGCCACCUUGAUAAAUCACCCAAGUGAAAACAAUUGGGGGAAGAGGCCUUUAAGGAUGGAUUUAGAAAACUAUGGGUACCUGUACUGAGCAAAAGCCUGGCUACAAUCCUGUGAAAUCACUGUUCUCCUUUUAUUGAAUGCAUCACUGUCAGAACUGCAUGCCACACCACAAGGGAAAACCCCGAAAGAAAUCGUAAACGGGUCAAGUUUGUGGUUCCUCAAGGUUCAAUGUUAGGGCCAACGUUUUUCUCAAUAUUUGUUAAUGAUCUUGCUGAAUCAAUAUCUAAUGGAGAGUUGUAUCUGUUUGCUGACGAUACGGCAACGAUCUACACUCUUGGCUAGAACAUUGAUGAUAUCCGAGAUUGAUACACUGCAAUCUACAUUCGACUCCCGAUAAUUCGAACCUUCAAGGGAAAUCGAAAAAGGUUCGAGUUAUCGGGAGCUCGAAAAAAAUAGCCGGGAGUAAGGGGAAAAAAAGUUUUUACUGCACAGUGAACAUUUUAAUCACAUUUAAUUGUAGAAAUGUCAAGUGUUGAGUAAAAGAUACUUCUAGAUUAUAAAUCAGAACGUAACAUAACAAAACCUUGCUUAAAGAGAGCAUCCGUUUUACUGUUUUGAGAAGUAAAGCUGUUUCACGUUAGAUUUGUGACAAACAACACCGGCCUCCAACAGUAAACUAUAUGCGUACAACACGUCAAUGGGAAAUUCAAAAUUCAGUGUUUGGGACGCCAGUAGAAGGCUUUUUUCCCGACUUUUUAAGGGCUCAAAAGAUGGUUCGAGUUAUCAAGGGUAAAAUUAUAAACAAAUGAUCUAAGGGGAAACAAAAACUACUUUGAGUUAGCGGGAGGUUCGAGUUACAAAGGGUAAAAUUACAGUAAAUGUAUGACGGAGAUCGAGGGGAAAUCGAUUUUGGUUCGAGUCAGCGCGAGGUUCGAGUUCGCGAAGGUUCGAGUUAUUGGAUCCGGAGGUCGGUCGGGCUGGCGGGGAGGGGUUCAGGUAAUGUUUCAGGUCGUUAUGUGAAUUAGCUUUCUUACGUGAGAUCACGUAUCUCUAAAUAUUUAAACUUUAUUUUCAGAGACUCAAGUAAAACAAAGAAGGAUUUAACCGAACCUGUCGAUGACAGAAGGCAACGAGUUAUGCGUUCACAGUCCACCCCUUGUGAGUUUAACCAAUCUUGUUAUCAAUUUAUUUUGUUCUUAAUUCAUGAAAGGGGGUCAGUCUGGGUGUUUUUUGGGGAGGGAAAUGACGUUGAUUUAAGAAGGAAAUAAAUUAGGGUAGAAAAGGUAUACACAUAUACCAGACAGUUAGUCCGCUAAUGGGAUCAGAGGCACUUUGUUGUGGUCGUUUCUCUGCUUCAUAUUUUAAUUUUUAACAACCCCAAAUCAGAAGCAUAUAAGUAUGGUUCUGCCAAAUCCAAUAUUUUUCAAAUUUUUCAAAAUUUUAAACACCUCCCGUAAUUUUUAUUCAUUAAGAACAUUCGAAAAAGCAUCCAAAAAAUUCUCCAACCGAGGACUCCAACUUAGUUGAGUCAUUUUUUCAUUGAAUGAAAUCUUGGGUAGAUAUUUAAUAUAAAGGGCGGAAACAAACGAAAAACAGUGCUUUCAACCAGACUGCCCCCUUAAGCUACAGUAACCGUACAUGAUAAAAAUCACCUUCCGAACCAUUUUGUACGAAAAAGUGUGUUGCACGAGCAGAGUCGUUGUUUUGCUUGUUAGACCCCUAAGGGAGUUUUAGGCACAUUCCACGCGUAUCCAGGGUUUUUGACAACGGAGAUUUUUUUCCCUCCGUUUUAGCCUUUACAUAUGAACGGCCUUUUCGAAGACCAAAAAACGCAGGUUUUCUAAAACGGUCCUCUGAGUGGAGGUUUUCGAAAACGCCAGACUCUCGUUUACGUGUGGACGGACGAAAACCGAGAUUUUCGAAUACGAUGAUGUCAUACAUCAUCAUACAUCAUAUAUUACUAGCAUUACGCAUGCACUAUAAGGGAUGCUAUCGUAUUUCCUUCGUAUUUCCAUCGUUUUAGCUUUUAGCAUUUUCAUGUGGACGGGCGAAAACGAUUCAAAUACCCUACGUGUAGACGGGUCUCUCCGUUUUCAAAAAUAUCCUGAUACGUGUGGACAGAGCCUUGGGGGGCUAUGUUUAAGUGGCCCUUUGUCAGAACAUUUGAGAAACGAUGCCAAGAAACGAUCCGCCUCUCUUCUCCCCCCGCCCCACCCCUCCCCUCCCCUCCCACACUCACGAAAAAAGUGUUCUUAAUGAUCAGCCUAUUCUUUGAUCCUUGCAAACAGAUGCUUUGGAAUAUGCGACAGUGGAGGUACUACCUAGUCAGCCAAUAGCGAACAGAAAUCAUCAGUUUAACUUUCAAGAUGUCAAGUAAGGAAUGAAUAAGUAAUCUACCUAGCAAUUAUCGCGGAGUAGUAAGUUCGUUCAAAUGUUUAUCUUUGGAACUGCGGUUGCAGACUGUCAUUAGGGAGCUUAAGCAACGACGACGGCGACGUCAACGAGAACGGCAACAAAGCAGUAGGUUUUGAUACGCAAAACAACAACUUUGCACAUGCAUCACGCUUUUUUGUACACUUCUUUGCCGUCACUGCACGACUACGACGUGAAAAUGCCUAACUUCACAUUUUGGGGAGAGCAUAAACACAAGAGAACGACUUUGUUUUUCUUUUCUUGAACGUCGAUACAAUCCUUUAGAAUUCAGUUCCAGCAAAAAAGUUGGCAUCAUUUGACUGAUUGAACGAGAUGGAAUUUGCGCGGUAAAGUUUGAAGCAGCGUGAAUUAACCUUUUAAGUGUCGCUUAGUACCCGUAGCCGUCGUUGUUGCUUAAGCUCCGUAAUGUCAAUAAAGUGGAGAAGUUGGUGCUAUUCUGUGAACAAUGGGGCGAGUUUAACCAGGGACAUAGGUUUGACACAGCCACGCAGUAUGAAUAUAAUCCGAGUGAAACAUAAGAACUUUUCUAGCAUUCAACAAUGAACUCAACUAUUUUUAUUCCCCUAACGAACUGAACACAGUACAUAUAUUUGAAAUUUAACAUAGUUCUUGCAGGCGAAGGAACAGCGUCUGGGUAUUAAUCGAGUCUAUUACUCUGUGUGAUGAUUGCUCUUUUAGUAGAACAUGUAUUUAAUAACGAUACUGAGAUUUCCCACAGUUGCUUUCCAAUGUACAGUUCGGUAAAGUGAAUUCACAAUGUUCGACCACCUGCUGAUUACUUGCCUUAGUUCUACAGACCAACAUUAUGUUCAGCUGAUUUUUGUUUUUGUUUCAACUGUAAUUUAUCUGAAUUAACCCUAUAAUUUUAUUUUCAGGUUUCUGAGAAGGUGUUUUGAGCACCCACCUUCCCUCGCAGCACCUCAACUGUUUUUUUUUUUUCGGAUCACCUCUUUUCUCGUGCCACUCUUGUCAUUAAUGCCCAGAACAGAGUUAUACAGUUUUUUCCUCGAAAAGUUUUGUUAUUUUAUGCGUUCAGCCGUAAGUGCUAAUUGUGGAGGCGUGGAAUGUUGAUACCAAAAAAAACAAACGCUUGAAUCUUGAGUACAACUUAGGGCGAGAGACCCCAUGAAGGGAGGUGGGGUUACAUGUGGCGGGGUCACCCCCACUUAUCAUGUAAACGUGAUCAAAUCAAAAUGAGAGAUUAUAUGGACAGGCGGGUUCCCCCAGCUUAGCGGGUUGCCUCACCUACCUGAGGUCCCCACCUCCAUGUAAACAGGUCCUAAACAACCUUCCAAUGUAACUAUGCAACUUCUUUUUCAGUAACAGCGGCCCUGAGUAUGCGUCAGUUAUUCCUAAGCACUUGAGGUGAGUUAAUUGUUCUAUGACUGAACAUUCUUGAAACUGAAAGAUAAGAUGGCCAUUAAAAGAUCGUCCAAACGUCCGUAGGUUCCUCGUAGAAGAUAAUGGGACGAAGAAGGAGGCGCACAGUUGGGAUACUUCUAUUUCAGUUGCGUUAUGUGUUUCCUGGAGGUCUGCAAAAUAUAAUUAAUUAGGUGAAGACUGUUACGGUCAUGGAAUUAAUUGUAGAGAAAGUGCUGGACAUGCCAGGCGUGAAUCUCGCUUAUCAUUGAAAAUAAGUACACAUCUGAUUUUUGAAAGAACAUUCUUUGCAUACAUGUCCCUCGCUCAAUUGGCAGAGCUUGGUAGUCGUUCGCGAGAAUUUUCAACUUUUUGUAUUUUGAUAAUAAGUGGUCGCUUAUAGGAGGUAGUCCAUGGGGACCUCCGAGAAAUUUGCCAUUUCACAGACCGUGUUCAUUGUAUUAUCCAGUGGAUAACGUUGAAUAAACAGGGCCCAAAAAACUAGCAGACAUUUCGCGACACAACCACUGGUUUUCUAGACUUUCAAAAAAGUCCCUCGCCCGAUUUCGCGACUUCGUCGCUCGCCGCCUCGCGCCCUAAAAACCUCGCUCCACUCGCUAAGAAACUCGUGAGAUCGACUUGCAGCAAGUCUACUAUUUUACCCCGCGAUUUGAGUGGUAGCGUCGUGAAAUGCCGGUGUUUUCUCAGGCUACCCGAAAACCAAACAACAUUUGCUGAAUAGAGGUUUCAUAAGUUGACAGAAUCAAACAUUUCUACCUUACAACCUUUCUUCUCUUCAGAGCAAGACCAAGAGGUCGCAGCUUGAGUGAAGAAGUACCGGACACUAGACCGGUAUGUACACUGUCAUAAAAAUAAUUUUUCACUCCGAAAAAUUAGCGGAAACCUAAAGGCCCCCUUUAUAUGGAGAAACGUUGUCCAUGGUAGAAGGGUCAUCCGCCUAGCUACCCUGGGCGAGCCAACUUUUCCUUCAUUUCCUCACAAAACUUGGCGUAAAGUUGACCCGCCUAGCCAGUUAACCCUUUUUAUCAUGGUAGGGUCACCCUCCUAGUCAGUCCAACCUUUCUCCAUAUUAACAAUUUUGUUUCCCCUUCCGGGUCAACUCGUUGAAGGUGAGACAAUCAGAUCACGUGCAGAGCAUGCACGAACGCUGUUGGCUCGGACAACUUUUUUCUGAUAUAAAUGAUAGAUCGCUAAAGUUGACUCGUUUGGGAGGAUGUUUUCUCCAUGUAUACACGUUGUAAGGUACCCAUAAAAAAUGUUACUAAAAUUUGCCGAGGCUUUUUCAUUUAAGCGAUCAUGGGUCUUCGAUUCGUCCAGAAAGGCAAACGUUUGUAUAACGGCUAGUAUAAUAAACAGAACCAUCCAAAGGUACUGCUUGUUGAUUUGUUAGAGCCGAGGGCAAGGAACACGCCAAGGAUUGAACACAACAUUAAUUGUGGAGUAUAAACUGCCAUUACAAAAGCACAUGGUCGUUAGAGUAGCAUCAUGAAGUAUCAAGGGAACGUUAGGCACGUACUGCGUGCAUGUUCCUAUGUUCUAUUUAUCAACACCACUGAAGAGGUGUUAUUUAAAUUGUCUUGUCCACAGUUCCAAAAUUUGAAUCUGUUUAUAUUGUAUGAUAAAUAGUACCGCAGUAAAUUACUGUUCAGUUGAUUUGUUAGAACCACCUUGUAGAGUAUAAGGUUUACUCAAUCUACUCUUAGGACAUGGUAUGAAUCACUGAACUAGGUGGAUUACAUGAGGUAUAAAUACAAGCUAUGUAAGAACAAAAGAAUAGAUUUUGAUGUAAUAACAAAUUAAAUUUCACAAGAGAGAUAAGAAAAAUAAGAAAAAUGCUAAACAUGUUCAAGACCAUAAUGAAUAGGUAGGUUCAAUCGCUUCAUAAAGCAUUCAAUGUUCAGUCAAGGUGGGGACUGUGGAAGGUGUGUAUAUUAUUGCAACUGACCUAUCAUUCUAGAUAAAACGAGUAUUUAUAGGCAUCGUUAUAACACUGCAAUUGACUUUCUAGACGGAGAAAUGAGGCUUCGGUGUUCCAAUGAUACCCAUCAAAGGCCUGCUUCCAUUGAAAAAGAAUAAAUACAACUAAUUAACCAAGCCAGAGCCUUAGGAAGAACAUCGACCCAAGUUCUUGAUAGUACACACCGAGUGCAGCGAAUAAUACAGUAAUAAUAAUAAUAAUAAUAAUAAUAAUAAUAAUAAUAAUAAUAAUAAUAAUAAUAAUAAUAAUAAUAAUAAUAAUAAUGGUAAUAAUAAUAAACAUUAUUACAGUAAAGCACAGCUAAAUAGCUUUCAAAAGUUAGAACUUUCCCCUUAAUUGCUAAGGAGAGAUAUUGUUUGUUUUGUAGAUGCGCAGUGGUUCUCCAGAGCUCCCACCCCCACCCCCCUCUGUACUAGUAAACUCUUAUGUGGAUCCUGACGAUCCAGGUUACACAAGGGUAAUGGAACGCAGGCAGCUUGGCACAACGGUCUCUCCAAGGGUUCAACUACUUACCGCCCCGGAUGGAGAGAUGGUAAAGCUCGGUAGCCGUAAAUACCAGAACGUGCCUAGGGGAGAAACUCACAUUGUAAGUAUGCACUCCCUUUUACUUUACUAGAGAAGUAUUCAUUCUAGUAAAUUCGAUGUUCAGUCGAAAAUAAACAUGAACAGUAAAAAUUCUUCGUUGAGAUUACAUGGGGAGCUUGUGAACUUAUGAGGAGAAUUGGUUAAAAGAUCGCUAUAUUUCAUCUUUGGCCAUCGUUUUUCUUAAAAAACGUCGCUUAAAAAGUGAAUUUGCGUUUUUUCACUCUCUUAUUCCAACUCGCUUGCUUUGUCAAAUGCAAGCGAACUCUUCUGGAGUUGAAUUCCUGAGAACAAUAUCCAAGUUGAGAAAGGGAAAGAAAACUUCGCCGUCCCUUGUUCACGUCCUCCAUGAAACGUGAAAUUACGCAUUUUCACGUAAUAGUCUUGCACUGACGGCAAAGAAAUGUACAAAAAAGUACGUGCAGAGUGGUUGUUUUGCCCAUUCAACCCAUUGCUUUUUUGACGUUCUCGUUGCUAUCCUAGUGUUAAGAGAGCGAUUGCUUUUUAUGCCCGGUUAGGGAAGGUAGUCAUCCAAUCCAAUUGACUCUUCGUGUUUUUCUUCCAGCCAGGAGAACAUUACGUAUCAAUAACAAAUUACUCUCCAACUGCUGAGCGACCCGAGGACUUGCCGCUGACGACAGGCGAGACCGUGCGGCUUCUUACUGAGGAUGGUGCAUGGGCGUUCGUGUGCACAUUAGACCAAACUAGGAGAAGAGGAUGGGUGCCGUCCUCGAUACUAAAAAAGAAAGGAGGGAUACCGCUCUCCCAAAGGUAGAUAACGUAACGUGCUUCAAUCACUAGAUUAUAUUAAAAAGCCAGAAAUCUCAAGUGCCAUUGUGCUUAAAUAAUGAUAAUAAUAAAAAUAAUAAUAGUAAUAAUAAUAAUACAUUCAUAGUGCGCAAUUUUCCAUAAAAAUGUUCAAAUGCGCAUGACAGUCAGUUAACAAAGUAAGAUCGACUAAAAAUUAAAUAGAUAAAAAUAGUGCUGUAAAUUUAAAAAUGUACAAUACUAGGAGCUCCUGACAAUACAAUAUUACAAUGAUAAAAUUAUUUUAAAAAAUGUUGCAUACUAAAAUCCAAAAUUACAAACCCUACAAGAUAGAUACCAAGUUAUGAUGAUAAAAUUACUUAAAGGAGCUACGUCGAUCACGAUGAUAUUGCUGUUUUAGUCCAAUUCUGUGCUGAAGUCCUUACUCUAGUGUGUUUAUCCGGUAGUCAACCACUAAUUUCAUCACAGAGUUCUCUUCAUUAGAAUGUUUGGCGAUUUUUGCAGCCUUAGCAUUAAAACUUCAAGAAGUCAGGGGCAGCCAACGAGAAUAUAGUUCAAAACUACUUAAACAUAACAUUGUUAAACGUAUUUUAGUAUUUAAACGGUAGAUAUAGGCAUAUUUUCAUGCCCAAAAAAUGUUUCAUCUAUUCGGAUUUCCUAGCUGAAAGUCUAGUGAUCCAAAAAUGAUAGGGAUCAAAACUUCAGGCAGAAAAAAUGCUCCCGAAAAUUCUAGGUGACCUUUUUAGGGUGAAAAUCCGUUAAAAUGGGUAAUUAUACCAUUUUAUAGAUGUUCGAAAAUGCUAGGAGAGGCAGAUAAGCAAGAACUUUUACAACAAAUGUUACGAAAAUUCUAGAUCUCAAAUCGUCUUCCGAACAGAUAUUUUCCCGAAAAUUGACGUUGGGUGCCGCUGAGAAGUUGGCCCACUGAACUUUUUCAAAUUUCAAUCCACGUCCAUCCUUGGAAUUCAGUUGAUGCAAGAAAAGUGUCAGCUUUUAAAAAAGAUAGCAAAUAGCGUGAUUAAAUGCGUGGUGGCCUGCGAGCAGAGUAAAGAAAUUACUUGCAGCAAGCUCUUGACUCCCGACUAAGUUGAGAGUCUUUUGGUGGGCCGAGGGCUUGGUUAAAAUGGUCAUUCUUGUGUUUUAUCGUGACUGUAUCUUUAUGAAAUUUUGUUAUAUUACCUGAUUGGUCAGAACACUCUUCCUUUGAGAUAUUCAGACCUUGUAUGUCAUUACGGACCUUUAGAUUGUACUACAAUACUAGAACGAGUUUGAGUAUGAUAAGCAAAAUUUACUUGCUGAGGUUUAUUGUUAUGGUUGCAAAACGAGUCGAAUCGUGAUUUUGCGCGUUUUACCACCCACGUUGGAAUCUGUCUUGCAACAAAUAAGGUUGCAAAGUUAUUUUUCUAGGAUGGUAAAACGCGCAACAUCGCUAUUCAACUCGUUUUGUAGCAAAGUCACAAACUCAACAAGUUGCACGUUUUUUUGCCCGUUUUACCGCACCUUAAAGUGCCCAUCACCUAAAAUUUUUUAUUUUCUUAUCUGAAACUACACCUUAUCAAAAUAACUUCUGCGAAAAAAGUUUGCGAUUUGAACCAAAGAAGAUUUUUUUAGAAUUUUUUAAAAACGUUCAAAUUUGCCGCCAUUUUGGCACACCAUUCGUCUUAGUCUUCUCUCGGACUUAUGACAUCAUAUGACGUACUUUAAGGAACACGUGACCUUAUCGACAGGAAAACAUUAAGAGUUCUGAUAAGUUUUUCUUUUUCAGAAAAACUUUCUUUUUACGAAGACAUAGUGAUUCAAUCCUUACUUGUAAUUUAUCUUUUUUGUGUACAGCUGGUGAAGGCAAGGUAAUGCGAGUUCCUUAAUUUACGUCUCAUGACGUCAUAUGUGAGCCUGCUAGUUUGCAUGAUCAGCGGCGGGGGUGUACCCCAAAAAUGUAGACUUCAAGAAUUGGUAAAAAAAAUCGCGUUUUGUUCAAACCGCAAAAUUUUUUGUAGAAGUUAUUUUAAUAAGGUAUAGUUUCAGAUAAGAAAAUAUAAAAUUUUAGGUGAUGGGCACUUUAAAAACAGUAUCGAGCAGGGUCAGAGCGAGAAACUUAGCACCGGAAGUAGUCACGUUCAGUCCUUUUCGUUCUCAUGUGACGUUGUGCUUUCUUUGAUGGUGGACAUUACAUCACUCUUUAUGUCGCUUUUUUUAACGCCAGAUCCAAGUCAUUGGGUGAUAUAUUUGAUGCUUCUCAGGAGGAGGAAGCUGUCGCUCCUUUUGCUUCAGUAGUUCAGAGAGCGAUGCCUGUACUGUCAUCAAACAAGCCACCUGUACCCACCCCUCGGAAUGAUAUGGAAAUAAGGAGAACAUCUGUAGACUAUCCCCCUACUGAGCCGGCCCCUCCUUUACCUGGCGCCCCACCCAAUCAUAUAUUCAAACCUGGUAAGUUUGACAAUAUUACGGAGCUGCAAAUAACAUCAAUCAGUCAUUGAACUAUGUCCGAUCAAUAUUUGCCCAUGUUCGACGAAAUUCUACCUUCGUUUGGACAAGAUGACCGAGCUUAUUCGCAGUGCCAGAGGUAGCUGAAGAUUUGCAUAGUAAUUUUAAGAGAUUAAAAGUCAGCAUAAGGUAUGUCCGAGACCUUUUCUGGUUUGUCCGACUAAGACGGUUAUCUAGGCGGACAUAUUUCCUUUCUAAAGGAAAAGUUAUUUGGCGACCUGCAGUAGUCCUUCACCAGAACGCGGGAAAACAUGUAGCUGGCUAACAACAUGCGCGGAUAAGCAUGUAGACUUGCUACAAGUCGACCUCACUAGUUUCUUGGCCAGCGGAGCGAGCUUUUAGGCCUCGAAGCGGAAGAAGGACUGUUUUGAAAGUCUAAUAAGCAUGCAACCUUUGCACUUCCUUUUCACAGCUCAUAACUGGAAACCGUAAAAACACGGAAAAUUUUGCGGCUGAAAUCGUUGACGUCAUUCAUUUUUUAGCGUUCCAAAAAGCCACAACACAAGGCUGUAACCCUUUCACGGAAAUCUUAGCGGAAAAAAGGGGUUUCCUGUUUUGAUGUUUUUGUGUAUUGACAACCUGACUAACAACUUUGCAGCCCAAUAGACCUUUGUCACGCGGCGGCCAUUUUGUCUCAGGAGAUUUAAAAAGCUUUGUUUAUAAAUAAGGCUUGUUUAAUCUCCUGAGACAAAAUGGCCGCCGUUUGACAAAGGUCUAUAGUCCAUUUUACAGUUACGGGUGCAAACGAGGCUAGAGUCGGCCUUGUUUUGAUAUAAACCUUCUUGCUUUAUUAUGUUAAUCCGUGUAAUUCUUAUGCUAACUAGUAUUUUUAGCAUGACUUUCAUUAGAAAAGGAAAGAGGUUUGUAUUAAAACAAAUCAACCUCAGCCUCGCUUUCACUUAGAGGCUAAGGUACUAAACUCAUAACUGUAAAAUGGUCUAUUCCCCCCGUGGAGACUCAUGGUCAAUGAUGACGGACAAUUAAACAUUUUGAGAACUACACCUACUGAACUCGUUUUCAAGACCCCUAAAAAAGAACUCUGUGAAAGGGCUUUGUUGCAGCGACCUAUCAUUUGAAAAGUAAAUAUUCAUGACUUUAGAUCUCAUUUCGUUCGCCGCGCUUUGUUCUUUUGCUAGACCAAAAUAUCUCUGAACUACCCGAAUUGCUCUAAUCUUGUUUUGCAUUCGACGAAAUUUUUUCAGUGUAAAUAAAUCACUUACACGGUUUAACCAGGAAGUGAGCAAGAAACAAUAAUUUUUUUAUUGUCUCGCCCUCUUUUACUUUUGCGUGUAUCUCGUGGUCAGGGUGAACCUGUGCAGUCCAGAACCUAAAAUCUCUUACGUUUUUUUCCUAUAUGAUUUAGGCAAGGUUAACGCACACUACUUUGCAAAAGAAGACUUUACAACAAACAGUAGCAAGUGCAUUUGUAUACGUAAAGGAGAAGUGGGGCAGUUACUGGAAGUUCAAUCCUUAGGUUGGUGGAAAAUGUGUGUGGAGGGCGUGGUUGGAUGGACACCAGGUGAAUUCUGGGAUAUGCUGCAGGUAAGACCAUUUUUCAACCACGUUCAUUUCGUUCCGAGGUUUCUUCUCCAACUCGGGGGCCGAGUAGGAGAAGACCCUGGAGACGAGGCUGGCCAUUUUUUUAGGGCGUAGAUUACGGCUGCAGGGGACACCUCUUUAUGAAAUACAUUCAUAAGGCAAAAUUUUGCUUGUGCUAUAACUUUUCAAACGCCUAUAUCUCGGCUGUUUUUAGAGGCGAUUUAGAUAAAAUUUUACAGAGACACUGUGAAAUGAUGGAAGUUUAGGAGGGUUGUUUUUUUAUUUGGUAGAUCGCGCUUUACAGCGAUGCUUUAAGCCACAGUUAUACCAAAUUGGGAAAUCGUGAUUUUGUUUUCCAAGUUUGCGGAAAGAAUAGAAGACAUCACUCUGUGAUUUUAUUAAUAGAUGAUGGGUCAAAACCUCUGAUGUGUCAUGUAUCAAGCAGAUUUUGCAAUUUAAAGUUUGUCAGCAAGAUGUAAUCAUUUAAAUGAGCAAAAUCUAUCAUCCCUGAAAUUAACGCCUAAUAUAAUCUUAUAAAAGCGCUCUUUUUGAAAUAUUUUGCGAUUCCUUCUUUAGUUGUACAUUUUAGUUUCAGUGCGAGGUUCAGGUUUGAAUACAAUGUCGCCCCCUUUGCCUUUAAACACCCCGGAAAGGGAAUGAUUAAGGCUGGUUUUCACAUAGCGACGGAGUUGGAGUCAGAGUCGGAAUCGUAAGCGGAGUCGUUAGAGCGCUUAUGACAUUGUGAAAAUCAAAAGUCGGAGUCGUAAUAAGCGCGACGGAGUAGGACACAGAAGAAUCAGAACGUGUCCAUUUUCUUUCGACUCCGCUUAUGACCCGUCGCUUCGUUCCACUUAUGAUCUAGUGACCAGAUUGUCGGAGUCGGAAGCAGAAGUGGAAGGAUAAACCAAUCACAAGGCACGUUCCCACGCUUUGUGAUUUGUUUAAUUCUUCCGCUUCUGCUUGCAACUUCGGCGAACCAGUUUUCACUUGAUCAUAUACGGCGGUGUCGUAAGCGGAAUCACAACGCUGUUUUCACUAGAUCGUAAAGUUCUACGCUUCUGAUUACGACUGCGACUGCGACUCUGUUGCUAGUGAAAACCAGCCUUUAAAGAUAAAUAUACAUAUUUCAACACUUGACUUAUCCAGGAUGACCAGGAAGAUGCCGCUGACAACCUUGAAACUGACAGGUCAAGACAUAGUUCUUUUGGUAAGCUGUUUGUUAUUGCUCACGUUUUUUCUGUUUUAUGUCCAGUCUGUUUUCUCCUACUUACAUAGCUAACAUGUUUAGUUACCAAAGUGCCAGUUAUGCUUUACAAGUUUUACCAUACCCUGGUUUAACCGUUUAACGCAUUGUAAACACGGCAUAAGUUAAUUAUCCAGGGCCUACAUUGCGAGCAAAGCUGGCUGAAGAUACAUGUACAAGAAGAUCAGAAACUCCGAACAUUUUCAAAAAUCGCAUGAGAACGAUGGACUUGAGUAAUUCAAUCAGUGAUUAUGCCAACACUGUUCUUUUAGGACUCAUCUUUAUUUAUGUGGGGUGCGCGGGGGGGGGGGGGGGGGUAAGAAAAAGAUCGAGACAAUAAAAAAAAAAAAAAAAAAAACAGCAAACUAAAUUAAUAAAAAAGGGGAGAGAAGAGUUGUGAUAUUGAGUUUUUAUGUGUUUGGUUCGCGACUUUUUUUUUGUUGGGGUUGUUUUUUUUGUGGGGGGGGGGGGGGGGGGGGGGGGGGGGGGGAGGGGCGGGGGUUUCAACUCGUUAUAGGGGUCAUUUUUUUUAGGUUGUGCUGUAUUAAAACUAUUAACCUAUAUAGGCUAUUAUUGUACCACCAAUUCGUUUUUGUUGGCGUUAAAAUUCUGUCAAAAAGUGUAGACUGAUUAAUGAAAAAAGCCUCUGUAUGAUAGGCAUAAUUACCCGAGCGUUUUAGUGACUUCUUUUGGGCGAGACCGAGCCUUUCAGUAGGAAAUAUGGAGCAUUACGGGGGAGCAUUUUAGUCGGGGGAAACAAAAGCAUAAUGUACAAAAGUCUAUCUGGUUCUAGGCCCAGGAAGGCGCACGAAUAUUCUGACCUUCAGUAGUAUUUGUUUGUAUUCUUUAAACUCUUUUUCUAACUGACAGUUGUUAAUUGUUUGUACUUUUCUUUUUGCAGGAGAUGAAUUGUGGUAUUAUGGUAAAAUGUCGCGUCAAAAGUGUGAAGAGCUUAUGUUGAGGGUAAGAUGUCUAUAAUCCCCAGAAGUAUGAUGGAGAACUGACGUUUAAUCUUAACACGCUAAACUGCACAUGAUUCAUGUUUAGAUUUUUAAUUGGAAGUAGUUGCGAAAUAAAAAGAGCCGCAACUUUAAACUUUUCCGCCAGAACUUUGAUUUGAAUUGUUUUUUCCGUUUUUGAUCCAUUCUCUCUUAAUUAAGUAACAACAGUACACACGGCCAAAAUGGACCGAAUGAGAUGUGUUUUUAGGUGGUUUUAUCUUUCCAAGCGCUAAUAUGACUGUGAAGGAAGAUCAAGGGAGUUAAAUAUAAACAGCAGUUCUAUUUUCGAAAAAAUUCUUCACAUUAGUGCAAUGAGAAAUGUAUGGAAAACACUGAGUUGGAAUAAGUGAUACGGAGUACGCAUACGUGUUAAACAACAAUUCAUUGUUCAGCCGUCCGGAUAGAGCCAUUUUUUUCCUCUCCGGCCUCGCGCUAUAAAACACAAUGAAUCCUCGAUGAGUUGGUCAGUUUACGUUUCCCUCGACGAUUGAGUGAUAAAAUUGGGUUUCUGUUGUCGAUAUAAACGAGAUAUUUUUUGCUUAUUCUCACAGAGUGCCAAAGAGCUGGAUUACUUGAUAAGGGAGAGCACACAGAAGGUAAAGACAACAUGCAAAUCAUUUUUGGUUCCGGAAAAUAAUUCUGCUGGUUGGAACGCAAGAGACGUGGCAUAAGUUCUCUUACCCUGCCAGCACAGCUAUUCUUUCGCUUGCUCAAUUCUGGCGUAGAUAAGCCCUGUUUGAAUCGAGAAGAUCUUUAUUGAGCAUGCGCUGCAUGUUGCUAGGAUAUAAUUUCAAACCCAUGCCUAGUCCAGAAGCUAGGGCUUGUGAAGCGAUUCGUCUCGUAGUUGAAGCGUAUUCUGGCCUUUAACGAUUUCUAUGUUUGUGUGUUAACGCUUGUAAGCACGCGUUGCAUAAGCCAUUUCAAAAGUAUAAACUAUGAGCUCGCAUGGCCUUUGUUUCGGUAUUCCCUACAAAGGAAAGAUAGCGCCACCAGAGUUCGACCAAUGAGAGCGAUUCAGUUCACUCUUCAUCUGUAAUAUUACGGACCUGUUUCUAGCUCAACUGUAACUAAAAUGUCCCGAGAACAAUAGGCAUUCUGCGCCAGCGAUGAUUCUCCUCCUCUGCUUAUGAAUGCCCUCGUUUAUAAUUACGUCUUUAUACUUUAGCUAUUGUAUUGUAUCUAAUUCUACAAAGUAUUUAUUAAGUGGUUGACUGACUCAAAACUCCACCCUGAAGUAAACUAAUCACUCUAGCUAAUCCAAAUGGACACAGAAAAAACUUUGAACCAAUCAAAAAUAAACUAGUAAUACCAGGAGCCUAGUAAUGCUAGUAGCCCUAACACCAAUUAAGCGCUGACAACAUUAUCGAACAAGUCAAUACAAGUUUGUUAUUUUUACCGUAGUUUGGAAAAUAGCGUAAGUUCUUUUCCCCAAACACAAGGCACAGAAAACAAAUUUGAAACCCGUUGUUAUUAUUAGAAAAGUAUUCUGGCGUGUAUAAUGUUUCAGCUCACUCUAACAAGCUGUUGUCUUUCACUUUUUCAGUUUGCGUCUUUUGUCCUAUCUGUCAAGUAUGGUGGAAGGUAAUUCUGUGUUGCUUUUGACCGCUAUAAUAUAAGUUCAAUUUUCUUUGGCCCUACACUGAUCAUCUCUUUUGUAGAAACUAAGCGGCUCAUAACACUCUGUGAAUAUACCCAUGUUGUGUUCAGUUUAAUUGUUAAGUAAUGUCUUGAUUUUGCCAUUUUUUACGCCGAGCUGUUCGUCGAAAUUAAUUUCAAAAAAAUUCUAGAUCAUUUAAAUUGGCAAAAAAAUUCAGUUCCCAGUCAUUCUCAACUCAAACGUUAUCCAUUUUAAAUGUGAGAAGGAGUUGUGUAGUUGAUUUAUUCUGGCCUAUAUGGUAAGGCGACUAUCUAGGCCUUAUUGAAAAGUUAUAAUUAGUUUCCUUUUCAAUUUAAUUUAAUAUGGGUGGAUUCAUAUUCAUUUGAAGAAGACGCGCUUACUGUCUUCGCAUUUGCCCGAUGAAAUUUUUCAAUGUUCUUAGAAAAUGUUUGUUUGUUUAUUUUUUUUCAGAAUUCGUCAUUUUCCCAUUGAAUUAACUCCAAGUGGUCGUUACGUCAUUGGUAAACAUGCGUUUGACGGUCUAACAGAGAUUGUGACAUUUUACAAGCAGAACGCGUUAUUUUACACGCAAUACAAGGAGCCAGUGAGCCUUGGUGAUUCAUUCAGAGGAAUGUAAAGGGACGUGUACUCUUAGUGGAAGAGUAGUAAGAAGAAGAACUCAGUUCACCGAUUCUAGAGCUUAGUUGCUUCAUUGCAAUAUUUUGGUGUUCGCAGAGUUGUAUAUUUUUAAGCAGGAUGGAAUAUAUUUUUCUUAAAGCUAAAAACACCGAAAUAAAAUGUUCAAGCAAAGCAGGAAUAUUGCCUACAGCGGUAGUUCCAAAAGUGGCGCAAAUAUUGACAGAGUUAGAAAAAGCAAUGUUACUUAGAAAACGUUUCAGCAAACUUAAUGUUACUAUACUAAUUGAACCUCGGAUAACGAGGAAAGAGCUACUUUAAUGCCAUACAAUACAGUCAUAUUGCAAUUGCAGAGAUUAACGUAAACAAGUUUAAACUGAGGAAAACAUUCUACAGCCUUUAUUAAAGGGCGGCUAUCAGUGAGGUCCUGAAUGUUGAGGAAGCUAUAGCCCAUUUUCUGACUCUCCUCUUGAUAGCCUGCAUGCUAGCUCCGAACCUCUCACGUCUUGCAACGCAAGAGACAGCAGUGAAGCAUUCCAGUGGUCACGAUUGGCAUUGAGCCUGAUGACGUCGUGCCAACGUCCGCCAAUAAGCUGUAAGCUCCUCUUCAUUGUCUAACUACCUGUUCCUAAUUCCUUAUUUGGGUGCAAACGUAUCUUAGGACAGCUACAUAAUCGCCGAGAUAUUGUAGUCCUAGUUUAGUGAGUAGUGAGAAUAUGAGGUCUCUCUAAUUUAGCGUAAGCAGUGUAAAGUCUACAAAAAAUCUCUUGACUAAUUAUUGCUAAUGCCAAAAUAAAGCCUUU